CUCUCAAUUAGUUAAAUUCAACCAUUCAAUCAUAUUUCUCUCUGAACAACAAAGCUUUUAAAUAUAUUUUGGGGUGUAAUUUGUUCUCAUCAACUUCUUUUGUAGCCCCGAGUCAUAUUUGUUUUUGGUUGGUGUAUCAACUAGUCAAUUAAUCUAAGUGAUAAUGGGGGUUUUAGAUCAUUUCUCUCAUGUCUUUGAUUGUUCUCAUGGUAGUUCCAAGCACAAGAAACGCAAGCAAUUGCAGACGGUGGAGGUGAAAGUGAGAAUUGACUGCGAAGGAUGCGAGAGAAAAGUGAAACGAGCAGUGGAGGGAAUGAAGGGCGUGAAAUCCGUGGACGUAGAGCGCAAGGCUAACAAGCUCACAGUCGUUGGAUAUGUGGAGCCCUCCAAGGUGGUGGCCCGCGUGGCGCAUCGGACGGGUAAGAAGGCUGAGAUCUGGCCUUACGUACCAUACGACGUCGUCGAGCAUCCCUACGCGCCUGGGGUUUACGACAAGAAAGCCCCCUCUGGGUAUGUGCGAAACACCUAUGACCCACACGUGGGGCAGCUGGCACGUGCGAGUUCCACUGAGGUGCGGUACACCACUGCUUUCAGUGAUGAAAACCCAGCUGCUUGUGCUAUCAUGUGAUCCGGCUCACAGUAUCUCAUAUUGUACUCUCAAACCAAAAAGUACGAAAUUAAAGAUGGAUUCCCUUUAGGAAGAAUCUUUUGAUGUUUUGGUCGUUCAUUUUUUUUUUUUUUUUGUGUAAUGGUUUUAUUUUUGAAGUUUUCUGAUUAGAUCUGUUAAGAAUUAAAGUAUUGUUCUUGUAUAUUUGAGUGACUUUUGGACCAAUUUUUUAAUUUCGAACUUUAUUCAUUGAAAUGUCCCAACCACUUUACUCCCAAAAAGAUAGAAAUAAAAGUAGAACCACUUAUUUUAUAA